UCUCCUCUCUCUCUGUCUGUAUAUAAUGCUUAAAUCUCCUCCUCCAACUCGUGUCUUGACCAUGGCAGGUCUAAAGGAAAACAGCUUCUUCCCCGGUGUCCCUGUGAUCACCCUCUCGGAUCCGGAUGCCGAGACUCUACUUGUGAGAGCCUGCGAAGAUCUCGGGUUCUUCAGGGUCACCAACCAUGGAAUCCCCAUGGAGCUCAUUGCGAGGCUGGAGGAGGAGAUUAUGCAGUUCUUUGCCAGGCCGGCGGCUGAGAAGGAGCUCGCCGGCAAGGCAAACCCCUUCGGUUACGGAAGCAAGAGCAUAGGGAACAAUGGAGAUGUAGGAUGGGUGGAGUACCUCCUCAUAGAGAUCACUUCCAAGUCCCUCUCCAUGGACUUCCUCAUGAAGCCCUCUGCGAGCUCUUUACGCUCUGCUUUGAAUGAUUAUACAUUGGAAAUGAGAAAACUGGCAUGCCAGAUUCUAGAGAUGAUGGCUCACGGUCUCGGGAUCGAGCCAAGGGAUGCGUUCAGUAAAUUGGUGAUGGACGAGGAGAGUGAUUCUAUGCUGAGAGUGAACUAUUACCCUCCAUGCCCAAUGAUUCAAGAGCAAAACAGAUUCAUGACCGGGUUCGGGGAGCACACUGAUCCACAGCUCAUCUCUGUGUUGAGAUCGAAUGAAACUGCUGGUUUGGAGAUCUCCUUGAGAGAUGGCAGCUGGGUCCCUGUCCUCCCUAACCCAGAAUCCUUCUUCAUCAACGUUGGUGAUUCCUUACAGGUGCUGACAAAUGGGAGAUUCAGGAGCGUGAGACACAGGGUGUUGACCAAGGGAUUGAAGUCGAGGGUGUCGAUGAUCUACUUUGGCGGUCCGCCGCCGGGGGAGAGGCUGGCGCCGCUGCCGUUGCUCAUUGCGGAGGGAGAACAGAGCCAGUACAGGGAGUUCACCUGGCACGAGUACAAGAGCUGCGCCUACAAGACAGUGCUUGUCGACAGCAGGCUCGACCAGUUCCAGAAGCGAGAUUGCAUAGCAGAGAGAUCUGAUGAUGCCUUGGAUUUCUUUGCGAAACGUUUAUGAUCGGAAUAGAGAUGGAAAUCUAUGAAGAGAGAGGGGUCUUGUUACGCUUUAGCAUUAAGUGCCUUACGAUGUGUGCAGGUGAAUCUACACUU